UUUUUUAUAUCAGCCGGUCAGGGUUCUUAAUUUUCUUCUAUUUUGUGGUGUAUUUAAUUCUUUCUCCAUUGAUACCAAAAACAUUAAAUAUUAUCCGCCUCUUUUUGAGUUAUAGGGCUGGGACAUUUGAACUGCUCCAAAAUAUUUUUGACCUUCUUCCAAUUUUUUAGGGCAUAAUGGAAACUUUUGCUGGUCUUGGCUAUACAGCGGGUCCAAUAAUUGGAAGUGUCCUUUACGAAUAUGGCGGGUUUCAAUUACCUUUCUUCGUUCUUGGCGUUCUUUUAAUUUUUGCUACAGCUGUUUCUUAUUUUUUAAUUGAAAAUAUUGAUGACGAACCAACUGAGGAUGCAAUGGGAAUGCUUUCAAUGCUUCGAAUUCCUGUUAUUUGGUUAAUGGUUUUUGCUGUUAUUAUUUGUGCAAUAUCUUUAUCUUUCUUUGAUCCGACUUUAGCUGGACACCUUGCUCAGUUCAACUUAUCAACAAUAAUGGUUGGAUUUAUGUUUCUUCUUUGUGGAGGAUUUUAUUGUGUGACUGCUCCACUUUGGGGUUUUAUACUAGAUCGUUGGCAUUGUUGCAAUUUAUUAAUGCUUUUUGGUUCUACUGCAACGACUUUUUCAAUGCUUUUUGUUGGACCUUCUCCUUUUUUGGAUAUUGACAAAAAUCUCUUUUUAAUUGGUGUAUCUCUAGCAAUUUUGGGAAUUGCAGCAGGUGCUCUCUAUAUUCCAACAUUUCAAAAUUGUCUUGACGCUGUAAAGGAAAAUGGAUAUGAUGACUCAUUUCAAACAUACGGGUGUGUGUCUGGUGUUUUUCAAUCUGCAUUUGCCUUUGGAGCUUUUAUCGGUCCAACAUUAGGUGGCCUUUCUGUACAAACUUUUGGUUUUCCUUUAACAACAACUUUUAUUGCUGGGAUUAACCUUGUUUUUGUGUGUACUUUAUUAAUCUUUUUUUCUGUCAAACGAAUGUCAAAAAGAAGAGCUUCAUGUUCUGGUGUAUCGAGUGACAGGGAAAACAAUUUAAAUUCACUUUAA